GGGUCAACCACUGAACAUAAAUACAACAAAACAGAUUUGUUAUUUCUUGGUUUUACCAUGACUUGGGACACAACUGAGGCCCUAGCGGCCCACAUGUGCGAUGUGGUUCACUUUUACAUGCUCCCAGAGCUGAAGGAAGAUCUGGACAGCGUUCAGCUAGAGACGUCGCACUUUGAAAGUUAUCACGCGUUGCUCACCCACGAAUUGCCGAAAUUCUACGAUUUAGUACAAGAAUUUCUUCAGAAGACCAAUAAUGCUGGACACGAGGAGCUGAGGGUUCAAAUUGUGAUGCUCCUUUGCGAGCUGACAGCAUCGCCCACCGUUUACCAACUUAAAGAUGAGUCCAGGAACUUGCUGCGAAAUGCCCAUAAAUUGGGAAGGAAGCUCUCGGAGACCUGGGGGGAAUCUAUGGACACGCAAAUACUCAAAACCUAUGAGAAAAAGCUGCACAAGGACUGCUGGAAGCGGCAACUUGGCGCCGUGCAUGGCUUUGCCAGAUAUCUAGAGCUCCGUUAUACGAAGGACGACAAAAUGACUACCCAGAUGGUUGCCUUCAGCCUGUCGGUGGGCCUCAAUGUGCGCGAGUGCUACGACUUUGUCUAUAAGCAGCUCGGAGUGCAGAUAUUUUCAAUAAUUCUGAAGCAUGGCGACCACAAGGACAUACAGGAGUUGAAUAUACACAGCGUAAUCUACGAUCAUGCACUCAGAGAUGCCUACAACAUGGACUCGAUCGAAGCAACGACCGCCAUAUGGAGUUGCCUGUACCUCUGCCUCGAUCACUUUAUCGAUCUGGAUGCCUUCACGUGGAACCAAUGCGACGAUAUGCUGGAACGUCUCCUUCAAAAUGUGACAAUGUCUUCGAAAGCGAACAACUCCAUUUGCCUGCUUCAGUUUAUAACACGAGUUGGCUACUACUUCACCAUCAAUCGCAGGGAUAUCGAAGCUGCUCUGGCCACUGAUCUCACACAAGCGGAUAAACUGGCAGCCUGCCAGGAUGUGUGCUCCUCGAUCAACUCCAGCACCAGCUAUCGUUGGGCCAAGAGCAUUUUGCAAAUGCUCGUCCUGGAAUCGGAUAAACUGCUGCAAGGCCCUGAGGUGUGCGUAGAGCUGCUCUGCCAGAUGCAGCGCUGCUAUCUGGUCUGCAUACUGCCCAUUCCGCUUCAGGCGCUGCACGUUCAUUUGUCUGAAUUCUACACCAAAUUCGUGGCUGUGCUCCUCGAGUGCAUGGUGACCCAUAAGACGUCACAGUCAGUUAAGAAGUUGGUGCAACGUUUUAUAGAAAUAUUCAGCUUUCAGCUUAAGAACUGCUCCCUAAACCAGCUACCCAGCGACCUGGAGGAGUUUGUGGAGGCAUUGAAGUCCAUACAACGAACCAUUACUAAAUAAAAACGAAAAACGAACAA